AUGGGUGAUAUAGUAGUCGCAAAACCAAAGGAUAGAGGCUCUUCAUCGAUCAAGUGCCCUACUCUUACUGCAACUAACUAUACCGUGUGGGCCAUGAGGAUGAAAAUUCUACUCAAGGUUCACAAGGUGUGGGAAGUUGUCGAAACCGAGGGUACAGACGACGAGAAGAACAAUAUGGCUGUGGCACUUAUCUUUCAGUCAAUACCAGAGGCGUUGAUACUACAGGUUGGAGACCUAAACAAUGCAAAGAAAGUAUGGGAGGCAAUUCGAACGAGACAUGUGGGAGCUGAGCGUGUCAGAGAGGCGAGAUUACAAACGUUGAUGGCUGAUUUCGAUCGACUUAAGAUGAAAGAGACAGAGACGAUUGAUGAUUUUGUUGGCAAACUAUCAGAGUUAUCGUCAAAGUCAAUGGCACUAGGAAAGGAAAUCGAAGAAACCAAGCUGGUUAAGAAGUUUCUCAAGUGUUUGCCUCGGAAGAAGUAUAUACACAUCGUAGCUUCCUUAGAGCAAGUCCUAGAUCUCAAGACCACAAGUUUUGAGGACAUUAUAGGACGUCUGAAAGCCUAUGAGGAGCGUGUUGCCGAAGAUGAGGAUAAUCAAGAAGAUCAAAGUAAGUUGAUGUAUGCGAACAUGGAGCCCCAACAACAGCAAGCUCGUGACUACAACAACAACAAUUUUAGAGGCAGAGGUCGUGGAGGACGCUUCUUCAAUAGGGGACGUGGUCGUGGAAGAUUCAAUGGACCAAGAGAUGCAUCAAGGCUCACUUGCUUUCGUUGUGACAAAACAGGGCAUGUCGCGUAUGACUCUCCGGAUCGGUUACUUAAGCUCCAAGAAACACAAGAAAUAGACAACUCGUCGACUCAAGAGGCAGAUGAACUGAUGAUGCAUGAGUUAGUAUACUUAAAUGAAGAGAAGAUAGUUCCAAGCAACUACGAUGGAAGAGAUGGAGAUGACAACAUCUGGUACCUAGACAAUGGGGCCAGUAAUCACAUGAGUGGUGAUCGAAGAUACUUCUCCCAUGUCGAUGAUUCUGUGAGCGGUAAAGUCAGGUUCGGUGAUGAUUCUAAAAUCGACAUCAAAGGGAAAUGA